AUGAAGUCCCAGAGCAUCUACAGGGGCGCUCAGCUCCCGCGUCCUCGGCCCCGGUGGUGGCCUCGCUCCGACUCAUCCCCCAGGGCGUCCCCAACACCGUCCUGUCGUCCCAUCGCCGCCGCCGCGUUCCCCUCUCUCUGGGCCGUCGCAGCACAGCGCCGCAAACGAGCCCAAAUCUCUGCCAGAGCCGCUGAAAACUGCAGACUCUCAGAAAUCGGCGUUUCCCUAACAAAAUCGAUAAAAAAGACAUCCUGCGCCCUCUUGCGGCCUCCUAGAGAAGCGCGCUGUCCCAGGACCCAGGGAAGGAACCUUUUGCUGAUCAGCAGCAACUCCACGUGCUCUCUGGGCUGCGACCUGCCUCAGACCCACAGCCUGCCUAACACGAGGGCCCUGAUGCUCCUGCAACAAAUGAGGAGAAUCUCCCCCUUCUCCUGCCUGAAGGACAGAAAGGACUUUGGAUUCCCCCAGGAGGCGUUUGGUGGCAACCAGUUCCAGAAGGCUCAAGCCAUCGCUGUCGUCCAUGAGAUGAUCCAGCAGACCUUCCAGCUCUUCAGCACGGAGGGCUCGGCUGCCGCCUGGGAUGAGACCCUCCUGGACAAGUUCUGCACUGCACUUUUUCAGCAGCUCACUGACCUGCAAGCCUGUCUGAUGCAGGAGGCGGGGCUGGAAGGGACUCCCCUGCUGAAGGAGGACUCCAUCCUGGCUGUGAGGAAAUACUUCCACGGAAUCACUGUCUAUCUGCAAGAGAAGAAGUACAGCCCUUGUGCCUGGGAGAUUGUCAGAGCAGAAGUCAUGAGAUCCUUCUCUUCAUCAACAAACUUGCAAGAAAGACUCAGGAGGAAGGAAUGACACACACCUGGUUCAACACGGAAAUGAUUCUCACUGACUAACGAGACCACACUU